CAUUUUACCCCCUCCCUGUUUUCCUCCUUUGCUCUCCCUCUCUCUCUCUCUCCGUUUCUCCCCCUCCCUCUGUUUCUCUCACUCUCGCUCCCUCUCUCUCUCCAGUAUUUUCUGGCUAGCCCUAUUAGGCGGAACAUACAGACAUCAGGAUGUCAAUUGUGAGCAUCAUUGCGAGGGAGAUCCUGGACUCCCGAGGAAACCCCACUGUGGAGGUGGACCUGUGCACAGAGAAAGGACUUUUCAGGGCUGCAGUGCCCAGUGGAGCGUCCACAGGUAUCUAUGAGGCUCUAGAGCUGAGGGAUGGAGACAAGAGCCGCUACAAGGGCAAAGGUGUGCUCAAGGCAGUGGGCCACAUCAAUGACACUCUGGCUCCUGCCCUCAUAGCAACGGGUAUCAGUGUUGUGGAGCAGGAACAACUGGACAACACGAUGAUUGAAAUGGACGGCACAGAGAACAAGUCUCAGUUUGGUGCUAAUGCUAUCCUGGGAGUCUCCCUGGCCAUUUGCAAGGCUGGUGCAGCGGAGAAAGAGGUCCCCCUGUACCGUCACAUCGCUGACCUGGCGGGAAACACCGAGCUGGUGCUGCCAGUUCCAGCGUUCAACGUGAUCAACGGCGGCUCCCACGCGGGCAACAAGCUAGCCAUGCAGGAGUUCAUGGUACUUCCUGUCGGGGCGGAGUCUUUCAGGGAUGCGCUACGAGUGGGCUCGGAGCUGUACCACACGCUCAGGGGGGUGAUCCAGGAGAAGUACGGCCAGGAUGCUACCAACGUGGGUGACGAAGGGGGGUUUGCCCCCAAUAUCCUGGAGAACAGUGAGGCGUUGGAGCUGAUAAAGACAGCCAUCGAGAAAGCGGGCUUCACGGAUAAGGUGGUGAUUGGGAUGGAUGUGGCGGCGUCCGAGUUUUACCGCGAGGGGAAGUACGACCUGGACUUCAAGUCUCCUCCGGACGCUAACAGACACAUCAGCGGAGAGGAGCUGUCAGACAUCUACCAAAGCUUCGUUAACGACUACCCAGUGGUGUCCAUCGAGGACCCGUUUGACCAGGACGACUGGGCCGCCUGGUCCCGCCUAACCGCUUCCGUGGGCAUCCAGGUUGUCGGGGACGACCUGACGGUGACCAAUCCCAAGAGGAUAGAGAAGGCUGCCGAGGAGCGGGCCUGCAACUGCCUGCUGCUCAAAGUCAACCAGAUUGGCUCUGUCACUGAAGCCAUCCAGGCGUGUAAGCUAGCCCAAGCCAAUGGCUGGGGAGUGAUGGUCAGUCACCGUUCGGGAGAGACAGAGGACACUUUCAUCGCUGACCUGGUGGUGGGGCUCUGCACUGGACAGAUUAAGACAGGAGCCCCGUGUAGAUCUGAGAGGCUGGCCAAGUACAACCAGCUCAUGAGGAUCGAGGAGGAGUUGGGGGAUCAAGCUCGCUUUGCGGGCUAUAACUUCAGAAACCCCACUGCCCUGUGAGACCAGACCAGACCAGACCAGACAGACAGACAGACAGACACAUCACCGCCGACUAUACUCAGAGCCUCUAAACUACAUGCACAGAAGAACUACAGGGUAACAUUAAAUAUGUACAGUUAACUCUGAUUUUGAGACACAUAGACUGAUAGACAAAAAUGUAAAGAGACCGACUGACUGACCGACAGACAGACACAAACAUGAAAAUAGAGACACACAAGUGUAGAAAUGAAGCCUGAGGCACACCUAAGCAAGACUGAGAUGAGUGUCAAAGAAGGAGAGAAAAUGAAAUACACACAAAUAAUUUGUAAAAAAAAAAAAAGAAAUACACACCGCUGGAUACAACAAUAAAAAACACUGACCGAUGGCCGACAAGGACAGACUAACUAGGCGGACUGAGGAGAAAAAAAAAUAAUACAUAUUGUAUUGCACAUUUGUAUUGUUGUUUGCUUUUUCACCCAUGAUGACACAAACCUGAACUCUCCCUCCUUCAUCCCCCUCUCUUUUUUGGCUCUGCAGUCGUCCCUUGUUCUUGUUGUUGUUUCUUGGUUACCUUCACACUCCCUCUCCUGGUGUUGCUAUGAUUGCAGAAAUGGGCCUGUUCCUCCAUGCUUGAAGUCCCAAUUUCCCCUUUCCCUACUUUCCAUUGAUUCCGCUGUCAAAAUAAUUGCUGUUGAAAGACAAAACUACUGUCAUGAAAAAAAUACAUGUGAAAUAAAAUUAUUGUAAUUUACA